AUGACCCUAGAAUUUGGCCUAUCCAAAACCUCUGGCAUCCUAGCAUGCCUCCAGGAGCAACAACAUGAGCUGCAAGGAUAUGGUGAUGCACUCUUUGCCAAUAUGAGAUUGGACAGAGCAUUUCUUCAGCUCACUGGAGUAUCUGCCCAGUUCCUUCACUAUCUCCUUCUCGCUCAGGAGGAGAAGAGCAAUAUAAGGACCAGAGUGGUGGAACAUCUUGGGGAGCUGUCAUGGUUGAAGCACACUAGGGGCAGAGGGCAUGAUCCAGUAGGCACUAAAGUGCAAGAUGCAAUCUUGAAGGGAUGGGCUCCUUGCUGGCAUGCUAUGAAGGCAGCUGUGGAGCAACACAACUGCUACAUAGAUUUGUUGAUGAAGAUCCCAAUCCCUGGGCUGGUUAUCUCUCUACCAAAGAAGCUGGAACCAGAAGAUCUGAAGAAUCUGUCUGAAGAUCAUCCUCUGUGGCAAGAUGUCUGGUGGCCAAUGUUCACCCCUCCAUCAUUAUGGGAAGAAGAGGAAGGGUUGCUCUGGGAAUGUAAGAACAUGGAGUGGUGGUGGAUAGAUGAGAUGAAGGCCCUCAUGGGCACACAAGCAAGAGCUUUAGAUCUUCCAGACAAGAUUGCUCUGGAGCAAAAGGCAAGAGAAGAUGAUUGGUUCCAACAUCAUUGGCACUGUCCUCCUCUAUCCCCUCAUCAGUGGAGGAAAAUCAAAGACAGUCUUCAGACAGAUCCAACAGCAGAUGAGCCCUCUGCCAACAGCACAACUCCAAUCAUUCUCGAGUGGUCUGAGCCCCUGAUCAACCAGAGUUGGGCAAACACCAAUGGCAAGAACAGUUCCACAAGCAGUGCUAGCAAUCCAUAUGAACAUGUAAUGGCCAAUUUGGAUGUGAUGGUUGAGGAGCUUGGUGCUGUUGUGAUUGACAAGAGGGAUCUCAGAAGUGAGCCAGAGCAGGAUGAUGUAGAUAGUGUCUCAGAGGUCAAGGGGCAGUGA